UAGGGCUUUGCCUCGUCGCGCAAAUCCAACCCUACACGUUUGAUCUCACGGCGACGCGCAAAAUAACGUGAAAGGUUUUUUUUUUCUCCCAGACUCCAGAGCGAUCGAUGAGCGGCUGUCCGAACAGGGUUUGAAGGCAGACAGUGGAGAGAUAGAUAGAUAGAAGAAGAAGGAUGGUUUCUUUUUCAGUGGCUGCUUGCACAUGCAGUCCUCGGGAAAGUUAAAGGGGCCCGGUCUCAUCGGGGGAGCGCACGGUGAGGAGAGAGCAGCUGAUGGUCCUCUCUCAUCAGCACGGCUUUUUCUGCACUGAGGAGGGAUUCGUGUGAAGGGGGAGGCGCCCGAGCGAGGCGAGCGGGCACGACUGCUGUCCGAAUUUAACAAUUAACCUUGAUGAACACAGAUUGGUUUCACUUAGGCGCAGGUGCGUGGAGCCGAGCGAUCCCCGCGUUUAUGACCGGACACUGACGCAUUUUGAUGCCAAACGCAGAAACUACGCGGAUAAGAGGAUAUAUUGCAGCUGAUAUAUGUUGUUUUGUUUUGUUUUUUUUUUCUCCACGGGACAGGAUGUGUGUUGCAACGGGAGCCCGUCCGAUACUCUUCCUCCUGCAGAAUCCGAACUCAGGAGCAUCGCUGAAUUGAUUUGGAGACCUAUAUCGGAAUUUGACCGCCGUGUCAUUGCCCAGUCUACCAGUCCCGGCAGCUGGAAAGCAUCUUCUUAGCGGCAAGAAGAAGAAGAAGAAGAAGAAGAAGAAAGAGGACCAGGAGGAGGAGGAGGAAGAGGGGGGGGAACUGUCCGCUUCACUACUCUUCAUCUGCGCCCUGGACGGCUUGAAAUGAGGACCACAUCCCGGCUGUGUUCCGUGUGAGAAGAGGCAAGCGGGGCGGCAGUUUCUUCGGCUCUCAAGGACGCAACAAAAAGUGGCCGCCGGGCCGAGCUGCGAAGCAUGGAGCGGGACGACACCGACACCGUGAGCGCGUCCAAAAAGACAAUCAUUGCGAAGAUAUUCAAAGUUCGCAAGAGGAGGGAGAUGCUUUUCGUUCAGGUGUGCUUUAUCUGCAGUGUCCUCUUCGUGGCGUGGAGCAUGUCGGCGCUGUUGACCAAGACAGGCCAUGGGAUGUUGGUGGAGGGACAUCCGGACGCUGAACACUGGGGAAGACGACUAAUGGCUUCAGUACCAGACAAUGAAACAGAGCAGAAGAACUGUUCAGCGCCAGCAAUACGCGAGUUCCCCGAUGACCUUUUCACCAACCCAGAACGAAAGAGUGGGGCCGUUCUGCUGCAUAUUGUGGCGGCACUCUACAUGUUUCUGGCCCUCGCCAUAACAUGCGACGAAUACUUUGUGACAGCGCUGGAGAAGAUCUGUGAGAAAUUAGAUCUGAGUGAAGAUGUUGCAGGAGCCACCUUCAUGGCAGCUGGCAGUUCUGCACCAGAGCUUUUUGCAUCUGUCAUUGGUGUCUUCAUCACCCACGGUGAUGUGGGGGUGGGGACCAUCGUUGGCUCAGCGGUCUUCAACAUCCUUUGCAUCAUUGGUGUCUGUGGGAUCUUCGCUGGACAGGUGGUGAUAUUGACCCGGUGGGCAGUUUUCAGGGAUUCCUUCUACUACAUCCUCUCUGUAUUGGCUUUGAUUGCAUUCAUCUAUGACGAGAAGAUAGUUUGGUGGGAGAGUUUGGUGCUGGUGCUCAUGUACGUUGGAUACAUCCUUGUCAUGAAAUUCAACUCCAGCAUGCAGAGAUGUUUCAUGGGGAAGUCAAAGAAGAAGAAUGUGGCCAACGGUAACGCUGCGGCCAGCAGUGAGAUGGAGGACGGUAAUACUAGUUAUGACUAUGUUUGGGAUGACGACCCGUCAUCGCCUUUACUCUCAACAGUCAAGCCAAGCAAGGCUUACAGCCGUGGAUCGGUGGUGAUGGUGGACGAGAUCAUGAACGCUAGUCCUUCCAAGUUCAGGUUUCCAGAAGCUGGCCUCCGCGUUAUGGUCACCAGCCAUUUUGGACCCAAGACCCGUCUGCGCAUGGCCAGUCGCCUCAUCAUUACAGAGCGCCAGAAGUUGGUCCAAGCCGCCAAUGGAGUGGAGACACAAGUGAUUGACGGGAAGGUUGAAAUCGAGAAUGGAAACGUGCCAGAGGACAAACCCACCGAGGCGGAGGAAAACGACACCAUCUCGCCGUUUCAUGUUCCAAGGGGUAUUGGCAGCAAGCUGAAGUGGCUGCUCUCGUGGCCUCUGCUCUUGUUGCUGUUCUUUACCGUUCCGAACUGUGCCAAGCCUCGCUGGGAGAAAUUCUUCAUGGUCUCCUUCAUCCUGUCCACUGUCUGGAUUGCUGUCUUCUCCUACUUCAUGGUCUGGAUGGUGACUAUAAUUGGCUACACUCUGGGAAUCCCUGAUGUCAUCAUGGGGAUCACUUUCCUGGCCGCUGGCACCAGUGUCCCGGACUGCAUAGCCAGCCUCAUUGUGGCUCGGCAAGGUUUGGGAGACAUGGCGGUGUCCAACACUAUUGGCAGCAAUGUGUUUGAUAUUCUAGUGGGACUCGGGGUCCCCUGGGCAAUACAGACCAUGUGCGUCAGCUAUGGAUCAGAGGUAAUGAUUAACAGUCGAGGCCUGGUGUACUCGGUGGUGCUCCUGCUGGGCUCUGUGGCCCUCACGGUGCUGGGCAUCCACCUGAAUAAAUGGAGGCUGGACGUGAAGCUGGGCUUGUACGUCCUCGUCCUGUACGCCAUCUUCCUCUGCUUCUCCGUCAUGAUCGAGUACAACGUCUUCACCUUCGUCAACCUGCCCAUGUGCAUGGAGGAUUAGGGCACGGCAGCAUGCCUCGGAUACCAAAACCUCAGCGCUCCCAUAGCAACCCCAAUUUAUUCUUCUUCUUUUUUUUUCUUUUUUCUUUUUGCCAAUAAUACUGGACCUAUCUGCAGACUCCUUUUCUCCUCCUUCGCGCUCUCUCCCUUGUAAUCCUUUUCAUCCCAAAUAUGAAUCUCAUUUCCUCAAGAGGCAGUACACACUGUAAGAGUGGACUCCAUUCUAUGUCUCUAAUUUGUCCUCUUGUCACACAGUGCCAGUCCUUAAUGCCCAUUAUUUCGGGUAUUGCCUGUUAUUGCAGUAGUCUUUAUUUCCUCUGUGCGCCUGUUAACUUUCUACCCAUCUAGCAUGCCUUUAGAUGUCGGGGACCUCCAGAAUCAUAAGUGCCCCUGUUGAUUGUUUGUGUGUGUUUUUACUGUUUUCACAUUGUAGAUUUCCACACAACAUUUCCAAAGCUUUUCCACAAACCAAACCAGAGUCUGUGAAAAAAAACAAACAAAAAAAAUCCUAGGACUCCUACCAAAAAACCCCCCUAUGUAGAGAUAACUCUCCUUGAAGUCAUUCCUAAAAGAAUUACAGAGUUACCCAAGCACCCAAAGAAAAAUAAGUACACAACUUUUUCCCUCUCGACCCCCUGGAGGAGGGCUUUGUCCUUGGCAGCUCCCCUCCUCCACCCUGGACCCAACUCCCCUGGCAUGGCCUUUGGCAUCAGGGAGCAGAUACUGUUAGCGCUUCACUCACCCUCUGCAACUCUUCUCAACCCUCAUCUGCUUGAUCAAAUCUGCUUUGUUUUCUUUAAAAAAAAAAAAAAAAAAAAACAGACAUUUUAUCAGGACUUUGUGUCAAGAUGUAUCACAGUCCAGAUCAGUUGACUGUGAGGGUGUUUUGCAUAUGCAGCACGGCACAAUGUAAACUUGUAAACACUUUUUUUUUGUUUUUUUUGUAUUUAUUUUUUUCAAAACAAGGUUUUGUCUAGUAUGAAAUACGGAGGAGAGCUUGUUACAAAUAUAGGACAUUGCCUGUUUUUCACUGAAACAAAUUGCACAUGGAAACGCUUUUCUUGCUUUGUGCUGUAAGGAGAUUUGACCACUCAGAGGGGUAUCUGGCUGCUGGUUGUGGUGAGUCCACUCCAGUUUUAUUUUCAUUCAGUGAUGGGUCAGUCCACUUUCCCUCUGCACAACUUCAGAAGAAGAAGAAACUGGCUCCAUAUCUGUGGGAUGCAUCUGAUUUUUGUCAUCAUCAGGUGACUUGUUCUCAUCUUGAGACAGCAGCAGAAUGGAGGUAGUUGUUUAAAAAAAAAAAAAAAGAAAUGCAAAGAAAACCAGACGGUUCUCAACACUGACUGUCUGCUACAACACCCUCUGGCCAGUAGGGGGUAGUGCAGCCCCUCUACCCACAACAGGGGUGCCAACCACAGCCGUCGGUUAUCAGGGAAACUCGAAGGACAACUCCAGGAGGUUGUGAUGGUCUCUUGAUUUUGAGUUACAUGUAGAUAUUGCACUUUAACAGCCGUCCUCUCAUUCUGAAUCAACUAGUGCUUCCUUCUGUGCGUGUGUAUUUUCAGUGUAUAUGUGUCGUGUGACUGUGUGAGAGAGAACAUUGUGAGUGUGUGUGUGUGUGUGUGUGUGUGUGCGUGCUCAGUAUGGGCCCACGCUACGUUUCUCACACCGGGCUCUCGACUCUCGAACAGACUGGGACCUCGUUAACACCAUGAGCACACCCGCCUCUGUCUGCAGUGCAUGCUGGGACAUUAAACCGCAGCUCCUCCACAGCACAGCAAACGGCUGAGGGCUUCUGGGCAUCUCCAUGGAAACAGCCCGACCCACUUUACAAAAAUCGGCAGCUACGAGCUACACUGCAAUCGAGACAUUUGACAUCAUGCAAAAAUGGCUGGGAGUCCACAAGUGAGGUGCAGAGACUACAAACUACAAUGCGUGUGGGGAAGUGUUUUAAGUGUUGAAAAUAUUCCUCUGCCACGUCGUUGGCAGCAGGCACUUGUAUAUGCAAUCUCAAUUUAAAGAAUUCUAUGUGACAGAAGCCCCCCGCCCCGCAAGGUUGCCAUAUAAAGACGGGGGAUCUCGUGGAGACGUGACGUCGGUUUGUCUAGUAGUAACUUGAUGUGUGAGCUCACAGGUGUGUGUUUGUUACAGCUGAGGAACUGAGCCCAAAGGAUGGACAUUUCUGGAUCAGUGGCUUUGAGGGAAGUCCGAUUACCCCCCCCUCUUCUAAACAUACACUCCCUUUUUCCUCUCUUCUCUCUCCACUCUUGUCCCCUCUUGCACACGGGCAUUAACUCUCCACCAACCCUAGCUGAAGGAGCAGAGGGGCAGCGGGGAAUGCAUGGAUGGAUGGAUGGAUGGUUUUCCUCCACCGCCCUCGGGACAUUGUCACUUUUCAAAGUAUCUGGAUGAGAGCAGACUUUAAGGAAUUAAAAAAUGUAAAAAGGAAAAAAAGCUGGACCCCCUUAAGCUGCUACUCUAUUGGGGUUCACACAGCUGUGUUUACUGGACGGAGGUGACCACACAGGGCCUACAGACUCCACGACACACCCACUGUCAUCCUUGUACACCUCUCCCUCCUCCCCCUCAAGCUUUUGUCAGUGGGUCUUCUGUAGAUACAGGACCUAAUUUUUUUUUUUAAUGCUUUUUGUGGGGAAAGCACGUCUGUAUUGUACUUGAGUUGAUUCAGAAUGUGCAGUGUUAAGGUUUUUUUCUUUUGGUGUAUAUUUUUGUUGUUGCUCUGUGUGGUCAUGUCCCGGUUGCCAGGUUUGAGUGGUAACACCACAGCAGGGGAAAAAAACAAACACUGCUCCUCUUUUUGUCCUCAUCUUGACACACAGCGUACAUUCUCACCGGUUGUCUGACUCGCAUCUUUGUUACAAAGUCACUUUUUUUGGAAGAGGAGAAAAAAAAAAAGUAGAGUUCAGUUGCCAUACUUGUCGUAGCUCUGCAUAAAUUCGGAUUGUAUUGAAAUCCUGUGUACAAACUAAGCGCACACACUUUAGAAAACACGCGUUAGAAAUGGCAAUUGAACACAAGAGAAGACCGGUAUGUAUUUCUUGAUCGAAUGCGACCUGAUGCACUGUGAGCUCAAUGUGACGUGGGAGUUGUUUGUCAAGAAUAAUAAAUGACUAAAAAAUAUAUUUAAUGUAAAGUUAGUUACUAUAAAACAUUACUGAGGACAUCUGUAUAACUUAUAUGAAUGUAUUGUCUUGCUAUACUGGACAUAUCCAACCAAUGCAUUUUACUGUAAAGCAAUAAUGUGAAGAAAAAAAAAUAAAAUGGCAAAAUAAUUCCUGUA